AUGAUUGAAUCAAAAGAGGAUACUACAAUUUCAAUCACUGAAAAACCAAUUCAACCAAAAAGAAGAAUCAAAUUAUUAACUUUUAACACCUGGGGUUUAAAAUUUGUAUCAAAAUUUAGAAAAGAUAGAUUAAAAGCAAUAGCUAAUCAAUUAGCCAAUCCAACAAUUGACGAAGAUGACUAUGAUAUAAUUGCAUUACAAGAAGUAUGGUGUGAAGAAGAUUGGGAAUAUCUCAACAAAGUAUGUGCCAUUAGAUACCCAUAUCGUAGAAUUUUCAAAAGUGGAAUCAUAACUGGUCCUGGUCUUUCAGUGCUUUCAAAGAUACCAAUUUCAGAAACUUUUCUUUAUAGGUUUCCAAUUAAUGGUAGGGCAUCUGCUUUUUUCCGUGGUGAUUUCUUUGUUGGUAAAUCAAUAGCAAUUACUAUAAUAAAACCAAAUGAUUCAAUUCCUAUAGCAUUAUUAAAUUCUCACAUGCAUGCACCUUAUGGAUCUGGAGAUGCGAGUUAUUCAACUCAUAGAGCAGCUCAAGCUUGGGAUUUUACUAAAAUGGUAAAAAUGUUGAAAAAUGCAGGAUAUGCCGUUAUACAAGUUGGAGAUCUUAAUUCAAAACCCGAUUCAUUACCAUAUAGAUUGUUUACAAUAGAAGGGGGUCUCAAUGACUCAUGGAAUAUAUUACAUAAAGAGAAUGUCAUUGCAAAUGAAGAAAUUAAGAAUUUGUCUUUGCUUGAUCAGAUUAAAUUGGCUGGUGUAACUUGCAACUCGAAGUUGAAUAGUUGGAGAGAAAUGAGACCUAUUCAUGAAGCAUGUCGUUUAGAUUAUGCCCUAAUCGAUGACUACAAUAUUAAACCAAUUGCAGCUAGUGUUAAAUUCGUGGAUAAAAUUCCAAGGAUUAAUUGUUCUUAUUCUGAUCAUUUUGCAUAUGCAGUUGAGCUUGAAAUAAAUGAUUGUUUUGAAGCUAGAGAUCAGGGAGAUAUAGAAGAGAAAUUAAGAGUUUAUAGAGAGUUAUUAACUGAGAUUAAACAUUAUCGAAAUUUUACUAUCCCAUUCCAGGCUAUUUGGAGAAAAUCAUAUUUCAUAUUUAGUUGUGUUAUUGUUAUUGGGAUGCAUGUUGCUAUUGUAUUCGUUUCAAAUGUUGCUGGUUGGGUUAGUGUUUUAUUUUUAUUGUUUACUAGUUUUAUUAUUAUUACGGGGUUAUUGAAUGGUUUGAUUUGGUAUAUGGGUGUUAGAUCUGAACUGAGAGCUUUAGCUGAAGUUCAAUUAGAAGUUGAAGAUGCUUAUAAUUAUUUAUCUAAGGAUAUAAAUACACAGUCAGGAUGA